AUGUCAUCUUCGGGGGCUGCUCUUCGAAAAGACUCUGGUCGAACGGCGACGACGACGACGACGACGACCGCAGGAGGACAAGGAGGACAAAAGACAAAGACAUCAUCUUCGGGGGCUCCCUCGUCGCAGGAGGUGUCCACGCCUUUGGAGUUGAACAAGUUUCUCUCCUCUUCUUCUUCUUCGUAUUAUUUGCCCGAGUCGAUUCAAGCCGUGGAGAGAUGUUUGAAAGAAAACCGAGAGAAUUUGAGAGAGUUUUUCUCGACGUGUUAUCAGACGCUUCUGUGGCAGAUAUUCAACUUUGACGAGAGCGGGAGUGGAUGGUUACAAAGCGUGUACAACAUGCGAUUGCAAGCGUUGAAUUAUUCCGCGACGAGCAGUGCGUCCGGGACAACACCGGGAGGAACUGCGGGAACGAAUAACGCAUCUCAUACGUCUACUUCCUCGACUUUGUUGAAGAAAAAGAGAGAAAACGAAGCAACGGUGCAUCUUUUGUUGAAGUUUUUGAGUCCCGACGGACCUUUGAUGAAGGCGAUAUUCUCGGCAGAUUCGAAUAAUUUGGUCCAAUUCGCGUUUCCGUUGGAGCGCUUGCCGUCCAAGACGCAGAGAAUGUUGCAAACGCAACAAGGGGCGAUGGAAUUAAAUCGCAACCCGUUGUAUAGGGGGAAAAUAAAACAGGAUCAAAACGGACGGUUUCAAGUGCAUUUGGGACUGUAUCAUUACUUUCUCUUUUGGAACGCGUAUUUUGUCCAAAGAGUUGGAAACAUAACGAGUAGGUCGGGAGGUUCGUCGUCCUUACACCGCUCGUCGUCGCUUUCACACCAACAACAAUACAUGCAGCAACACCAACACUCGCACAGACCGACACUCGCGCAAACGCACGACGUACUUACUCCUGCAUCCUCUUUGAGAGGAUGGUCAAACUCAACGUUAUCAUCGAUAAAGAAUUCUGCGCUGCAUCACACGAUAAGGUCUGGUGGUGGAAACGGUGCAAACGGGAGCGGCGGCAGUGGUGGUGGUCCAGCUGGUUUGAACGGUAGUGGAGGAGCAUCGAUGAAAAAGAACCACCAUCCGUAUCAAGACUUGCUCAUUUCGCACCUCGAAUAUUUCUUCAAGCCUCGACAAACGGACGAUGCAAACGAGAAACUAGGAAGUAAUGUUGUCACGGAAGGUGAAAUGAUUGUAAACGUUCUCAUUGAGUUUUGGUUGAGUGAAAGCGACAUCUCUAGCGGGUCGAGGUAUUUGUACAAUCCUCCGGACGACAACUUAGUCAACGCCGUCACGCUUUUGGUUUCUUAUUUGGGAGAAAAAGAAUACAGUUCUCCUGCAUUUUUGCGCACACGAGAGGGUUUGAAGCGUCCGUUGUAUAGAUUUUUACGCGAAGCUUUCAUGUUGUGGCCGAUUGAAUCGACGAAAUCGCUCGAACCGAUCACGAAUUUAUGGGCCACUUACAUCAUGCCUUGGUGCAAAGAAAACGUUCCUUUCUCGCACAAGCCGCAGGAUUCAAAGUACAUGUCUCAUCUUCUAGGGAACGUUCCGUUUUACCAUUACUUGAUGAAACACUUUCUAGAACUGUGUUGCAAGCUCGUACCGAGCGAUCCCGAAGGCACGGCGCUCAUUUUAACGCGAGUAUUUGAAAAUCUCGUGCAGUCUCCAGACUUGGUUCUCGUUCUCAAAGCUCUCGAGGAAGGCUUUAAUAAAUACAUCGAGGAUCCUUUGAAAGCGACUGCCAAUCGCAUCAACAAUCAAGAAACGUUGACUCCGUACGAUCACAUGUUUCCAAUCAUUCAAAAUCAGCUCGAAUAUUGGGAUCCCCCGGCGUUAAAGCCGGAAAACGAGCUCGGCGGUUCUAGAACCCCCGCGGGAGCGCAACAACACACUCCUCUUAGAAAUAGAAGUAGCCGAUUAGGGGGUAACGCUGGAUUAUUCAAUUCCCCGCUAUCGAGGAAGAAGCUUGGCAUGAUGGGCACACCAGGAGGCAGAACGCCCAUGAGAGGCCAACAAAAUCAACACGACGAGUACCAACUGCAAAAAUUGAUCAUGUUUGAUUUAGGUCCCGAAGGUUUACCUCAAGUAACGAUUGCUCUUUUGGUACGUCUCAGUCGCGACGUCCAGGAAUCCUCCUCGGGUAGCAUUCUCAGGAAGCUCGUGCCACAAUUUCGCAAAUCAGCAUUUGACUUGCUUCCCUUGGAAAAGUUGGACGACGUCUCGCUCCUCAAAAACUCCGCCUCGCAAGUUUCGGCAUCGGCGAAGAACGUCGCGAAAAAUGGCGGUGCUUCGUCGUUCGAAUGGAAUAAAAAAUCGAAUAUCAAAAGCGCACGCGAUUUAUACGUUGGCGAUUGGAUGCAACGACCUAUUGGUGAGACAGAGUUUGGUCCUUUGGUGAGGAUACUCGUGUAUCUUUCUCAAUUUCUGAACACCAUUUUACACUUUGACGGUACGCGAAAUGAAACCGUGGACCAGGAAGAUAUUUUCGCGCUCGUCACCAAAACGUGGAACGAGUGCCCGAACAAGAAAGACUAUUGGUGCGUAAUUAAAACGGUCUGUUCAAUUGCAAAAAUCGGAGUUCUCGGUGUUAUCGAUCUCGCUCUCGGUCUUUUACGCCGAAGAGGUUUUCGAGUCAACUUGAGAUUCAUGGCAGAGUACUCCAUGAUGGUUCUGUUGUUCAUCGGGUAUUACAUUCUCAAGUUCUUGUUUCGAGUGUUAUUCUUUUAA